AUGGUGUUCUGCUUGAUGUCGGCCCUCAUUGAUCUGGCCGUUGAUGAGUUCCAGAAGGCUCCGUCGGAGAUCUCCAUUGGGAAGGAGAUACUAACUAAGACGCCAGGAAAUGACGGGUUCCACUGGAGGAAAUAUGGCGAGAAGAAAAUCUUGAAUGCUGUUUUUCCGAGGUCAUACUACAGAUGCGGAUACAGUGACGAGCACAGGUGCCCAGCAAAGAAACUUGUACAGCAGCAAAACAACAGCGACCCUCCCGUGGUCAUGGUCACCCUGAUCAACGACCACACAUGCAGUAGUUUGUUCCCAACUAAUAAUCAACCACCCAGGAGCUCAAGCAGUGCUACUGCUAACUCACAAGUGCUCGACUUCACCACAGCGUCGCUCUCUUCAGCUGUUGGUGUCUCCAGGUUGAAGAAAGAGGAAGACGCAGGCAUGUCGGUGACCGUGCCCAGCUACACGUAUCAUGAGCUGUCUUGUUAUUCCUCGCUGCCGUUGCUCUCGCCGAUGGAGUGGGAGACGGAGAUGGUGAUCAACUCACUUUUUCGUCAUCGCCCGGGAGGUGGUAUUUAG